UAUAUCGACGUCAGUUCGAAUCUGUAGCUCGUAAAAAGGAUUUUGCGAGGAUUUCGUGGACAAUGAAAAAAUGGAUUGUCUUACUCGGCGGGGCCAUGUUCUGUGUCUUUUUCUUUUCCAUGUAUAUGGUGGUGGAUCAACUAGGAAGAAUACCAAGCUCUCACGAUAUCUUCAAAACUGAGGUUGCUAAGAAUGUAAAAGAACCUCUAGAUCUCCUGGAGAGAGAUAUAGAUAAACUUCAUGUAGACCUAGUGAGAUCUGGAAAAAUUAUUGAUGGCAUGCAGAAUGCUAUUGAUAAAUUAAGAUUUAAUGGUCACAAUCCGCCAACUGACAAGACAAGGGACUUGGCACCAGUAAGAAGACCUGUAGUGCCUGCUAAUGAUGUAGAUGAUGGUUGUGUGUUCUCUGGCUCAGCUUCAGGAAAAUCAGCCAAUGUGAAGAUGUUAGACAUGUUUGAUGUGAUGCCAUUUGAUAACAUUAAUGGCGGUGCAUGGAAGCAGGGUUGGGACGUGCGAUAUGAUGACACAGCAUUUGAAAAGGAGCCUUUAAAUGUGUUUGUUGUACCUCACUCGCAUAAUGACCCAGGCUGGAUCAAGACUUUAGAUCAGUACUACACACAGCAAACACGACAUAUUCUUGAUAAUGUUGUUGAUGCACUUGCAGUAGAUAAAAAUCGAAAGUUUAUUUGGGCAGAGAUGUCAUAUUUGUCAAUGUGGUGGAAGGAAGCUGAUGAGAAAAGGAAAAAGCUUGUUUUAGAACAGUUGUCUAAUGGCCAGUUGGAGAUUGUAACGGGAGGAUGGGUGAUGAAUGACGAGGCAAACACUCAUUACUAUGCCAUGCUAGAUCAGAUGAUUGAGGGCCAUCAGUGGAUUGAAAAAAAUCUUGGUUCAGCAAUCAAGCCAAUGGCUGGCUGGGCCAUUGAUCCCUUUGGACACACACCCACAAUGGCUUAUCUUUUAAGACGCAUGGGUUUCCAUUCCAUGUUGAUUCAAAGGACACACUAUCAGGUGAAAAAGCAUCUUGGCAAGGAAAAAAAUCUUGAGUUUAUGUGGCGACAGAACUGGGAUCAUGGAUCAUCAACAGACAUGUUUUGCCAUAUGAUGCCUUUUUACAGUUAUGAUAUUCCUCACACUUGUGGUCCAGAUCCAAAGAUUUGCUGUCAGUUUGAUUUCCGUCGUCUGCCAGGUGGUGGCAUAAGCUGCCCAUGGAGAGUCCCACCUAUAAGAAUUGAUGAUAGCAAUGUUGCAUCAAGAGCCAAAUUAUUGUUAGAUCAGUACAAGAAGAAAGCUCAACUGUACAGAAGUAAUGUGUUGUUUGUGCCUUUGGGAGAUGAUUUUCGAUAUGAAACUACAUUUGAGACACAUGAGCAGUACACCAAUUAUCAGAAACUUAUGGACCAUAUCAAUUCGCAUCCAGAGUUGAAUGCAAAGGGACAAUUUGGGACUUUAAGUGACUAUUUCAAUGCACUAUGGAAGACUACAGGUACUGAACCUGGUGGCCAUCCAAAAGGCUUCCCAGCUUUGAGCGGUGACUUCUACACUUAUGCAGACAGAGAUGAUCAUUACUGGAGUGGCUACUAUACAUCCAGACCAUUCUACAAGAAUAUGGACAGAGCGCUGGAAUCCCAGCACAGGGCUGCUGAAAUAAUAUUCUCCUUGGCAGAGUCUCAUGCGCGCCACCAUGGAAGUUCCAGUUUUGCUGUGGAGCAGCUCUAUGGUCUUCUGACAAAUGCACGUAGAAACCUGGGUCUAUUUCAACAUCAUGAUGGCAUCACUGGAACAGCAAAGGACUUUGUAGUUGUUGAUUAUGCCACAAGGAUGCUCCAAUCACUGAAGGACAUGCAGCAAGUGAUACAGGACUCUGCCCACUUUCUGUUGACAUCAGACAAGUCACGCUACAGGACACCAGACAGAGUGUUGCCGCCCCUUAAGUUUGGAGAAUCCAGACAAGCUCAAGAUUCUAUGCCAACUAAAGAGGUGCUAACUUUGUCCAACACACCAAGGGCAGUAGUAUUUUACAAUUCCCUGACCACAGAAAGAGAGCAGUUAGUCAGCCUUCACGUCUCGGACCCAGCUGCCAUGGUCAGUGACAGUGGAGGAAAGGAAGUUCCCAGCCAGGUGAACUUAUGGUGGGAUCACAGGAACAGAAUUUCAACUGCUAAAUACGAACUCGUGUUUGUCGCCAAAGUUGCCCCUCUGGGUGUGACCACGUACUUUGUGUCAUCAGGCCUGGGAGCAAAACUAAGCGAAUGCUCCAGUAUCACGGAGUAUAACACAAAUAGGAAUCCUGAAAAACCAAGGAAGGAAUUUGCGCAUCGAGUCAAGGAACCUGGAUCAGAAAGCAUUUUCUUGGAAAAUGAUAAUCUUAAAGUUGAAUUUGAAAGUCUUCGAGGUUUGCUUAAGAGCAUUACAGAUAAGCAAGACGGAUCCGUAACCAGUGUUGCCAUUGAUUUUGUGUCGUAUGGCACAAAAGCGUCCGGGGAUAGGAGUGGAGCGUAUCUGUUUCUGCCGGACGGCCCCGCUCAGGCCCACGGUCUUGGAGAGCAGGUUACAGUGUAUGUCAGCAAAGGCAAGUUGAUGCAAGAAGUACGAGUCGCUCUUCCCAAUGUGGUCCAUGUGGUUAGACUGUAUUCCGUGGCUGGGCCCGAAGGACUAACUCUGGAUAUCGAGAACAAAGUAGACAUACGAAAUCAAGUGAACAAGGAAUUGGUGAUGAGAGUAAAAAGCAGUGUACGGAAUGGUGGCCGAGAAUAUUACACUGAUCUUAAUGGAUUUCAGAUGCAAAAGCGCAAAACACUAGACAAGAUUCCUAUCCAAGCCAACUUUUACCCAAUCCCAUCCAUGGCUUUCCUUCAAGAUAAAUCGACGCGGUUGACACUUCUGUCAGCUCAGUCCAAUGGUGUAGCUGGUCUGCAUGAAGGUGAACUUCAAGUGGUUCUUGACCGCCGUUUGUAUCAGGAUGAUAAUAGAGGCCUGGGGCAGGGUGUAACUGACAACAAAGUUACCCCCGUUAACUUCAGGCUGGUAGUGCAACGAUUCAAAAGUCCGCACGAACCUGACGGCAUUCCACUUGCGUACCCCUCCCUCCUUGGUCACAGAUUGCUACACCAUCUUAAUCACCCACUGUUCACGUUAGUAACUCCAGCUCAGUCCGUCGACUCCGAGAACCUUCUGACGGAUUUCGAAAGUUUUCAGUCCAGUCUACCCAAUGAUGUCUUCAUGGUCAACUUGCGCUCAAUAGGUGAUAAACAGCGGCCUCGACCCAGUGGCGAGGCUCUCUUAGUGCUUCAUCGUCUAGGAUAUGAUUGUAAUUUUGAAUGCAAGUGCCUCGCGACGACAAGUAAAGGACAGGUAAAGUUGAACCAUUUGUUCAAAGAUCUGUCGAUCGACAAACUCCAGUCGACUUCUCUGACAAUGUUGCACGACUACCAAGAACUGGAUCCCAGCUCUCCCCUGAACGUAGAACCAAUGGAACUUUAUUCUUACAAGAUGAGACUCAAAUGAUUAAGUUUAAGAUGUUAGCGACCGAAUUUAAAUAUAUUUGCAUAUUUGAUGCACCCUGCAAAAAAAAAAAAAAAAAACAUACACUGAUCACUUUCACGGUGAAUUGGCUGGUGAAAGUAAACAGAUCCGCCUAGUUUGAAUGAAAAAGAAACUUUUAUAUAUGGAAUUUACCCAGUGAAAAAGACAUUUCAUUACCCUGCCAAUUUCUGUCUAUUGAGCAAACGCUAACUCCAAAACAAAGCUGGUCGGUUUCACCAUCCAAAAAAGUGCUCUUAUGUUUAUAUGGUAACCGGAAGUGUGGCUAGAUAAACGGGCUUAUGUUAUAAAAUUUGAUACCCACUGCAUGUACUCAGGGCCGGGUUGUUCGAAAGGUGGCUAAUCCAGGGAGAAAGGUAAACUUAGUUUAUUUUCUCUUGUACAAAAGUGACUACGUAGUAUGCCAAAUUUUGAAGGAUUUUUCCUUUUGGCAAAACUUCCAUAACAAAAUAUAAAGAAGUAAACUCUCUACAAACUGAAGAAAAUUCAGUUACUUCUAACUAAGUCUUACCUAAUCGUGUUCUGAACAUCUCGGCCCAGAGCUGUAACUUUCAAACCUAUUUAUACAGGGACUUCUAUUGACUAUUGUAUUAAGAGAUAAUAACGUUUAGGGCUUGAUUCGUGUUUUGAAUGGUUAAAAGCACGUGGAAUACCGCUGACCAAAACGAGCAAAGAAAUGAAACAAACGAAAAACAGAUAACAAUUCCCAUCCCUUUCAACAAAGGGAUGGAAUUGUUAACUCAGAAUGAAUUUUAUGUAAAGAUGAAAUAAACAAUUUUUUAUGCGCGUC